AUGUAUUAUAAAGCUUUUGGUAGUUCAGCUACAAUUAAUCUAACCGAACAGUAUAAUAAUGAAUGGAUAUUAGAAAAAUUAAAUUCAACAAUAAUUGAAAAAACUUUCGAAACAGAUAAUAAUCAUGUUCGUAUUGUUCAUCAAAGUCAAAUAAUAGGUGAUAAUGAAGAUGAAUUUUAUUAUUCACCACAAAUACUUCAUCAAUGUUAUUCAUGUCCAAAUUUAAAUUCAAAACCAUUAAAUAUUCACAUGCGUGAACGUUCAUAUUCAUUAACAACACUUGAUGCUUAUACACAUUUAAAUAUAACACAUGAUAUAUUAGAACAAAUUUGGCAUUCAUUACUUAAUGUUACAUUUAGUGAUAAAGAUGAUAAUGAAUUAAAUGAAUAUAAAUUACGACAUAUUAUUGGUUUAACAAAUUCUUAUACAAAUAUAAAUCAUUCAACAAUUGAAAAAUCUCAUAGUCAUAAUGAUAUAUUUUCAAUAUUAAAUAAAACAAAUCAAAAAUCUAUAACAAAAAUAAAAUCAAAAUCAUUUGAUAUAACAUCAUUAAUAAAACAAUCAUCAUCAUCAUUAUCAACAAAUAAUUCUGUUAAUAUUGGUCUUUUACAAGGUGCUGAUAUAUCAGAACCAUUUGCUGAUCGUUUAAUAUCAAUAUCAAUACAAUCUGAUCUUGAAAGUAUGCAUUCAUUAGAACAUGAACCAAUAUCAAAUGAAAAUUCUCUAACAUCACCUAUAUUAAAAGAACCAUUAAAUUAUGUUUUUAAUUUUACAAAUCAAAUUGAUAAUAAUGAUGAAUAUGAUAUAGAACCAAUAAUUGAAAAUGAAGAUAAAUCAAUAAAUAUAUCUGUUACAUUUGAUGAUAAUGAUGAUGAAGAAGAAAUAAUUUUACCUAUUAUACAAAUACAUGAUACAUAUACAGAAUUAUCAUUAUUUCGUCCACAUUCAUUAUCAACAAUACCAAGUUCAAGAGCAAGUCAAUAUGCAUCAAGUGUUGAUAGUGAUGAUAUAUUUGAACAUGAACGUCAUUUAAAUAAAGAAAAUUUUGAUGAUAAUUAUCAAUGUCAUAUUAGUGAUGAUGAUCAUGGAGUUAUUGGAUCAGAAUUUUCUUCACCACAAUCGAGACCACUUUCAUCAAUACAAAGUCAACCAUUAUCACCAGAACAAAAUCAGGGUAGCCCAAAAGUCAUUCAAUAG